UACCAAUUUAGCUAUAGAGUCUGAACGCUUCGCACAGUUAGUCCGGAUUGCCAAAAAGACGUUUUAUGGUUGUUUAGGCCAUGUCCGAUGAUGAUCAUGGCGUGACUUGAGCGGUUUUUUUUCGCCAAAAUGGCCGCCGUUUAAGUAAUUCUGCGGCUAUAGGCUUUUUUUUUUAUUUAAAGUGAUUUUUCGUGUUUGGACUAUUUCGAAGGAGCCGUAGCUGACCGCCUCCGCGAACAGAGGCAGACAUCGAGCUCGGAAAACUCGAACUGUACCUCAAAAGAGGCCACAUGGAGGCCAUUCUCAACUGUCAGCCAACAUAUUUGAUCGGCAACCGCUUCACAAAGAAAACCUUCCCAGGCGUACCACACAUACAAUAUCACCUCUGUCGCUCUAGUACCAACAUGCUGCUGAAAAUCGAGAACCAACUCCUGCAGCGGCACAGACAGAGAGAGACAACAGGAAUCAAAAAGCUGUACAAUUCGUUCUUCGUCCUGUUCUAACAAGCUGGUGGUAUCAUCAUCAUCGUCACAUCAUCUAUCAAGUGACUAUAGUGUUGUGCGGGCCAUGGCCCGUUUGUGAUGGAAUUUUUUGGUGAUUCUAAAGACUAUAUUAUGCAUGACGGUCGUAAGGAGGACUUCGCUUGGGAGUCUUCUGUGAAGUUGACACUAGUUGGUUCUGAGGACUUGGGGAUGUAUUUAGAGGAAAGGGAAAGGGAGGGAAGGAAGCGCAAGUGGCAGGAGGGAAAGAUGCGCAGGGAGGAGUUGGAGGAGAAGGAGCAAAGGAAGAUGCCGCCCAAGAAGGUCAUGGCUAACCUCGAUUUGGGGGGUAGCGGCACCAGCUCCUCCUCGUCACACCUUUCCCCGGGAUGGCAGGUCAAUGACCUGGAUCUUGAUUUACCCGGGGAACUUUCCAUGAAUGAGGCCCUACUGUCGUUGCCGUCACUGGCCGUGUUCAAGCAAGAGGCGCCUUCUCCAACUGGGAACGCACUGUCUCCGCCGCGCAGGACCUGGCCCGUGAGGCGUACCGAUGACAGACAGAUAACCAAUAUGGUUGUGGACAACCGGGAUGCCAUGGACGAGGGCUGCCAGCAACACGCUGGAGUCAUGAACACGCAAUCCAAUAGCCCGGAAAGCAUGCAGUGCCAAACCAUGCCAGUCAUAAUGCCAAUUAAUGGCUACCAUUCUCCUAGUGGACAAGAAAAUAAAAACGCUGGUCUUCUGAUGUGUUCUCCAGCCAGCUCCCUGGAUGGCUUCCUCCACUCUCCGAGGCCCGACUCCGGCUUCAAAGACGACAACAGAUUCCAAUACGUCCUAGCCGCCGCUACGUCCAUAGCGACCAAACAGAACGAAGAGACGUUGACUUACUUGAACCAGGGACAGCCUUACGAGGUCAAGCUGAAGAAGCUCGGAGACCUCGCGCACUACAAGGGGAAGAUACUGAAGAGUAUAAUAAAGAUCUGCUUCCACGAGCGCCGUCUGCAGUACAUGGAGAGAGAACAAAUAGCACAGUGGCACAACGACAGGCCGGGAGAGAGGAUAUUAGAGGUGGACGUACCGCUAUCGUACGGUGUAUCACGCGUGGAGCAACCAGCUGCCCUCAAUGAACUACAUGUACACUGGGACCCGACCAAAGAUGUCGGGGUGUACGUUAAAGUGAACUGCAUAUCAACAGAAUUCACAGCCAAGAAACAUGGCGGUGAAAAGGGAGUGCCGUUCCGUAUCCAGGUGGAGACGAUGUAUGAGGACAGGCGACUGCAUACAGCUGCCUGCCAGAUUAAGGUCUUCAAGUUGAAGGGCGCUGAUCGUAAACACAAGCAGGACCGGGAACGAGUACUGAGAAGGCCCAGGUCCGAGGUGGAGAGGUAUCAACCUGGGUGUGACGCAACUGUCCUGACGACGCAGCUAUCAAACGAUGCCCUGAUGCCACCACCUUCCCUUGUGACAACAUCGCCCCCAUACUCCCCAGAGAUGUGUAUCACACCAAAGGCAGUCACAAGUCCAAUUUUGGUGAACAAGCCUAUUUUGACGCAGCCCGCAACAUUUAACACCAACAAUCAAAUGAAACCUAUUUACUGUCAGGAUACUGAGGUGAAAGUGAGCAAUCCAUCGUGUCACUCUCCGGGAGCCAUCCUUCCAGAUCUUCCACAACCAGCCGAGGAACCUGAUAAGAAUCAGGGUCUAUCGAAGGAGGCGAGCUCAUCGGAGACUCAGAGUUGGUUGUCACAGCACCGCUUCAACCAGCACAUACUGACCUUUGCUAACUUCUCCGGAGCUGAUCUCCUCAGAAUUACAAAUGUAAUUUUCAGACUCUCUCGAGAUGACAUCAUACAGAUCUGUGGACUCGCUGACGGCAUACGUCUAUACAACUCGCUGCACGCCAAGCGUAUCGAGCCUCGUCUAACGCUGUACGUGUGUCCGGCCGGCGGCAGUGUCUACAGCGCUAUAUACUUACACGUGUGCAAAGCGAGCGAGCUGUUGCAGAAACUGAAGGCUAUUGGAAGACACGAGGAUUGCGAGAUGGUUCUAGUGAGCGGUCCCAACGGCACUCGUGUGAGGUUGACGGAUGAGCUGGUCAGACAUCUACCGGACAACAGCACUUACACACUGGCCAGGGAACAUGAUGCACUGUUGCUGGCUGCAUGAUAGAAAAGUGACGACAAAGAGAAGAAAUUACUAGGAAUUUAAAAACAAACGACACUGUAGAUAGGAAAAUAUUAAAAUGUGAUGUUGUUUGAAUUGUUUGUGCCUUGAUAUAACUGUCCAAUGGCUGAAUAUGGCUUUAUAUACAAAAUUAUAUACAUUUUUAUUAUCUAUAUAUGAAGAAUAAUUGUAUUUACUGUAUUUUCCUACUAGUUAUAAUACAAUUAACAGAAGCUGUUUGUAUUUCCCCCGUGCAAGGGAAUAUUAGAUGUAUGUCUUCGGGUGAUGUCUUAUUAAUAGUUUUCUAAGUAUUGCUUUCUCGUUAAUCACAUUAGUUUAGUGAGCAUUAAAGAUCUAAGUUCACAUGGAAGGGGUCAUUUCUUUGAUCGCUAUAACUUAUCUUGUGUGUCGGAGAUUUAAUUAUUGAAAACUAUUUUAUAUUACAUGAGUUUGGUUAGGAAUUUAUAUUGUACUAGUUUUUAUUAUGCUGUAAGUUAGUAUUUUGUCAUAGACCCGAUCGCUGGGAAGAUCAAAGGUAAGAGACUCAUUAUCUCGUGAGUUAUAACUAAAAUUAUCAUAAAAUAUUGGAAUUUCAAUGAAAAAGUUGGUUUGAGUUGGAAAUUUUCCAGUUUUAUGAGUUAUAAUAUUUAUCAAACGUGAAUGUUGCUUUAUAAAAGGUUGUUUCUUUUCGUUACUCGUUUAGUUUUGUAUGUUUCAAGCUAUUUUUUGUUUUAGUAAUAAUUCAAUCGUGCGCGCCUCGAGACAGAUGCGAACCGUUCACUAUGGAGUAUUAGAUACGUUAUGUAAAUGCAUGAAUUAACUAGACUAGAUUUUGUUUAAUCAAUAAAUGUUUACAAAUAGUA